ACCACUUGUCAGGGUUUUUCCCAUAACAGAUAUGGCACCAAAAGUGCAUCCAAAAUUUUCAAUGAACCCACAAGCCCCAACUAAACCAGAAAAAAAAACUAUUCAACAGCACAGCAAGCCAGCAGAAACUUUCAGAGUCAGCAGUUGAAGAACAAAACCUCCAGCGAAUCGAGAAGAAUCCAUCAAUUCCGGCAUGGUUCGGAGAAGGGUGCUGAGUAAUUCGGCCAAGCAGGCUUCGAUGAAUGCCUAUCAGCAGCUGUGGCAGCAGCAGCAGUUCGCUCGAGCUCCACUAGUUGCCGCGAUGCCGGAAUAUUGGCAUUCAGUGUGCAACAAAUUCGGUGGCGCCAUGCCGCGAAUGGCGGUGAUAGCUCCGCCGGAAGUCAGUAGCCGGAAAUUGAGUCGUCUGCGUGGCCAGCUAAUGAAAUCCCACCGAAAAAGCGCUGCGAUUCAGAGCUUCAUCCCAAACUACGGACUGCAGCAGCAUCCUCAAAUGCAAUUUCAAAGGGGCUAUCACAACGCCGGCAAUGGAUCCUAUCCAAGUCGAAGUGUUUCCACGGCAGCUCUACUGACACCCGGUUGCAUCCUAGCUGCUUGUCAAAAUCAGUGCUACGAUGGUGUUCCAGCAGUAGGAGUUGCAUCCGCGCCUCAGCAACAACAUCUUCAUUUGAAUCAAGGAAAUUUGUUCAACUAUCCGGGGGCAGUUAGUCCCUUGCAAUGGCAACAGCAGCAGUAUCAAGUGCAGCAGCAAUACAAGCAAUAUCUAUUGCAGGAGCAACAGCAGCAGAAGACAGCACCUGUUGGUAUUCUGAAGAAUUCUUCAAGAACUGGAGCUGGUCAGCAGCUCAAUGGGAAUUACUUUACUGCCAGUCCUCCUCCAAAAACGAAGAAAGUGACAAUCAGGAACACUUCUCCCGCCCCUUCCACAUAUCAAAAACCCAUAGUGGAGAAAAUUAAACCUUUGCUUGAUAUUCCGCCGAAGCCAAAUAAGAAAUCCAAACUGAAUACACUGAGAAAAGAGCGACAGCAACUAGAGCAGUUGCAACUGGAACGAGAGCUACUCAAGCAACGAGAAUCUAUUGAGAAUCAAAAAAAACAAUUGAAGCGAGGUCAUCAAAACCAAAAGGAUUCAUUGAAUCAGACAACCCAUCUGGAACCUAAUACAUGUGCAAGCUUCAAUUUCGGAAAAUUGGCAGACCGUUUUAUAAAAGGCUUUAGUUGCGACUCAGAUACAGAGACUCCCAUGUUUACGGCAGCCAAUGCUAAAAUCAAACCACCUAAUCAAGGUAAUGACAAACCAAAGAACUUUUCUUAUGAGGGCAAUACACUGGCGAAAAAGCCCGAGUUGAAAGCCAAGCCUAAAAAGUUGGAUUUGACCAACAGGGAGAGUAAGGCAUCAUCUACAGGCUUGCUUGAUCGCGUUUCCAAAAGUGUGGAUUUGGAAAUAGAUAGCAGCACAAUUACACUGACUACAGAGCAGAAUCAGUCAAAAGCGCCAUAUCAAAGUCGCACUUCUUUGACCGACAAGGCCACGAAUACGGGACCAGCAGACCCUCUGAAAAAGUAUUUAAAGCCUGGUCCACAGAAAGCCACAUCGACUACAUCAGCGACUAGUAAAGGAUCGCGAAAAGUGAACAUCAACGAGCUGUUGCGGAAUGAAAAAGUCAAGGGGCUGGAAGACAAUCCCACGUGGCACUCGCUAAUGCAACUGGUGGCUCAUAUGUGCGAGACCAAGGAGAGCGAGAAGGGCGAUAGGGAGCAAAAGAAUCGAUUGCUGGCAGGAUCUGGUGCCGAUGGUCUUCAGAAGCAAUAUUCCGUAUACCUAAUGGUUACCUCUGAUGAAGAAGACGACGACAACGACGACAGAACUUUCACCAAGACGAAUGGGGAGCUAAAAUUGGGCAACCAUCAAGGGAUUCAUGGGGGGAACGAGUACGUCCAGCGGUGUAGCAAUGUCUACCAAGCGGAGCAUCCCAGGCUAAUUCGCCACAAACGCUCGAGGAAGAGAUUGAAUCCCCGCCUGCGUGAUCUUUCCAUUCCCUAUCCCAAUACACAGACUCAGUUGCCAAUGAGAAGACCACUCCACUGGCCCAAGCCGGAUUACUCCAAGCCACAGGGUCGUUCGAGUCGUACUCGGAAUCCACCACGUGCUCGAUCCUACUCCUCAGCCAAGAAGGUUGUGGGCAAGCGAAGUCAGAGAUCCUUGAGAGCAACGCUCGACGAGAAGCGAAGCUGGCGCUUGUGGCAGGAUCUUCCAAUGACCGCCAAAGCUCUGAAUAAGGCUUAUAGCCGCAUGUUGAACCUAUCAGGAGCUAUCCGAACCUCCACGGAUAUAUAGAACAUCUAUGUUUUGUAAACUGACCAACUUCAGAUCAUCGAUGAACACCAAAGUGCAGCUUCGUUCUCCCAUUGAAGAACAAAGCUGACCUUUUGUUUUCGUCUUUGAUCUAAGAUCUUAUUCCU